AUGAAUGGAGACGUCAAUAAGCAGAACCAUUACGAACUGAGAACCGUUGUCAGCUUACAACAGGCCCAAAAAGCCGAGCAGGGCCAGCAGAACUCCGAGCAACGGAGCAAAGUCAACAAGUAUCAUAAGAACUGUCACGAGACUUCGGGGAAUUACUUCAACACCUUCCUCAGCAACCUGAGGUCCAGGGUGGCCUCGAAGGGCGACUUCCUGAACGGGUACAAGAAGUCGAAGGCUUCAAUGGGCUCCGACCAGACGCUGAACACCCGCGGCGCGAAGGGUGGCUCCUCGGUUAUCGGCGGGAGCCUGGACAAGCUGGAGAGGGCCCAGGAGAGCCCCAAGAGGCCCAACUUCGUGACGACAGUGCGUGGCGGGCAGUUCCUGGAGCCGCCGCGCCGCGCCGCGCCGCCCAGCGCCAGCGUCGGCGACUCGCCGGCCAGCUCCACCAACGACAGCAGCCUGUCGGUCGCAAGCAGCCAGCGCGACCAGCAGCUGUACUCGUUCUGCAGCGCGCCGCGGGCGUUGCACCACCAGCCGCGACAUCCGCGCUCCCAGGGAGAAGAAAAUGGGACUAUAAACUAUGGCAACCUUAUGUACGAUAGAAGAAUCGUUCGAGGAAGCACAUUCGCUCAACAUGCAUCGGGUCCGAAGUGGAAUCCAUACUUUGGAUACGCAAAGCUUCUGUCUAAGACGGACGCAGACAGCCAGACAGUGCGCCAGCAAGAGGCGCGGCGGCGCGCGCUCGCCAGGAGGCGGGUCCAGGAGUGCCGGCUGCGGCAAGGCACUCCGCCGCCGGUUCCCGGGCGACGCCACGAGAAGGUGCAGACAGAGAAGUUCCUCGAAGAUCUAGCAGAACACCCUCCAGACAGCGAGGCCGGGGUGCAAGCUGACUUGCUGCUUCACACUUCUCCUCCUGCGAGCCUGCCCGAGAUCCCCACAGCAGAAGCAGAGACUCAGAUAUAUCCUGGAGAAUUGUUCGACUUCGAGUCUGAAUUAGAAACAGCAGUGCUAAGUCUAGUGUCAAAAACAAUAGAAGAGUCGUUAACGGAAGUUCUGCAUGAAGAAGAACUUGAGAUAAUGCGUACUCACCAGCGGCAAUACAAACAUAGACAAGCUAACACGGAUGCGACUGUUGCAGAAAUGGAUAACCACGAGGACCCGUCACCACCGCAUUACGACAGUGAUAAAGAGGCCAUAGUUUUACCUACUUCUCACCUUGAAGAAAUGAUUGAAGAAAUUCUAGAGAGUAUGAAAGAAGCGGGUUACAGACUGAACGAUAUCGACACAGAGGGCAAUGAAAAUGUGCUGAAGUGGCUAAUGAAGGAAGUGAAACAAGAACUUAAACACACGGUGACCAGCAAAGAUGUCCUUGCAGACAUCGUGCACGACAUAGUGGAGACGAGAGGCGAGGUGUACCGCGUCAUGCUGGACGAUGAAGCUGACAAGCUGGACCUUGGCAGUGACGACGACAGCAAGGAAACCAAGAAAGAAGAAGGGGAAAAUGCCUCGUGAAUGAUGAAGACGAAGAUCUCCAGAAUUGCGGAAGUUUUACAUACUUUUUUCUUAACAACUUGUUGAACACUAAAUGACACUAUUUUGGAAUGAAAUAUAACAGUUAACUGACUCUAGUUAAUUAAUGUUGCAAGAAGUAUUUCAUAAUCGAACUAGAAGAGGAUACUUAAAUUAUAUACACAUACAUACAGUUUUUAAGUUAAAAUACUUAUAGCAACCACUCCACACAUCAAGAAUUUGAACAUCGGAUUUCAAACUCAAAAUAGCACAUAUGGUUUAAUAUUCAAUGAUUUUCAUAAUUUUGAGGUUUGCUUUUUAAAUUUAUCUUGUAAGCCUCAUAUGUAUUACAAAACCAACAUAAUUUAGCAAAGGUGUUAAAACUACUAAUGUAACGUUUGUAAAACAUGUACUGACAUUAUUUUAUGAUAAAA